CUCAUUUUAUAAUUUUGGAAAAAAGAAAAACUAUACAAGGAAGGUGCUCGGGGGCCUGUAAGAACAAGUAGAAGGUCUUUCAUGCGUAGCUGCGAAACCGUAACCGGAGAUAGAUACUUGUAAUAUGUAGUGAUCAACACUACAACUGUUCGGAUCAUCAUGGUGCUGCCUGCGACGCUGUCGCACGCGCUGGCGGGCGAGAGCGAGGGACCGCCGUCAGACUACGUGUUGCGCCGGAAGGGGUUGAUGGUGUUCCUGCUGGGGGCCCAGACGCUCUCCUCGCUGACCCGCAUUCACGAUUUUGGGCUGCUGGGGUCGAGCAGCGGUACGACGAGCGGCGCAGCUGCUGCCUCCCGGGAAUCCUCCGACGUGCUUGGCGCUUUUUUCUGUCUACUGGGAGCGCUGCUGGGCUGGCUAAGUCUUUACAACCAUCUGGAGCUGCAGUUCAUCAUGUAUUGGGGCCUCUUAUCCUGAGUAAAAAUGUCCCCACACCAGAGUCAAGAUGGGAAAUCCGCUAGACAAAUCGAUAAGCUUUGGCUGUUUCGCAUGACAAAUUUGGACACGUAGUGUAGUGCUGUCUGAGCUAGCUAAGCAGCAUUACAGAUCUAGUAUCUCAUGCUGAUUGGCGCAUUACAGAUUUCCAAACCGCAUUAGAAAAUGCUCUUCAUGGGGCUCCGCAUGAGAAACAUUUUAAGCAUGCAGAGUUGCGUGACAACUAUGGUGUGGGGACGUUUUUACACAGGAUACCUCUUCGGAUUCUAUCUGGGGAUCAUCGAGACGCUCAAGUAUAGUGACGUGCUACAGUCCUAUUGCAAUAUCAAUCUAGAGGAUGUAUGAUCAUGUAGUUGCUUUUCUUGUAGCCGCUUUUCUCGUUCGUAGCCACCUUCACCCGUACAUCUUCCAAUACACCCAGCCAUUUUUCGGGCCAUCCAAGAAUUUUUCGCACGCUAGAGUUCAUUGAGUCAGCUUCUAUCGAUGAGCCAGCCUUUCGCGCUGAUGAACCCUUAAUCCGUGCUCGUGCACCGCAAAAGGAAUUGAAUAAAAGGAAUUGAAUUUUUGCAUGGAAACACCGUGAUGAUGCACCACUUGCCUUUUUACAACAGGGUGAUGCAGAUAUCCGUUCUGAUGAGCCACGCAAGGAGGCCUGCAGCGCGCACUUUCUUCGGGCCCGACCGGUCGCUGGCCGAAAAUAUUUUCGGGUCGCUGUAUAUCCAGGAAAAAAACUGUGUAAGUGUAAGUUUCUUGAGGGAAUAGCAUCACAAGUUUGCUUUGCAUGACACAGAAAACCUGUCAGACGUAGCUAGCACGUGAAGACACGCACGAAAAUUGCCUCUGAUGCAUGUCCAGCAUGACAAGUCUAACAGUUUUGCACUUUCUGCAACACAAAUUUACACUUACACAGUUUUUUUCUUGCGAUACUGUACCUGCUCUGCCCCGCCGCCUUCUUCUGCGGCAGUAUUCUCGCCUGGAAGAUGUACACGAACUACCACGCCGACAAUAGUUCAUCAUCGCAGUUCUACAGUUUCGAUACCGGGGUAAUAUCAAGCCACGCCUACGGUAGUUCAUCGCACGACGCGGUUGUUGGGAAUCUUUCGGGUGGAGGAGCUCCUGCUUCGUCCCUGCUGUUUCCGCACAGCGCGGAAGAAGUUUCGCCCCUGAACCUGCGUGUGUCCUGUCCGCCCCUCGCUGGUGGUGGGCCCGGACGACCACAUGAGGUGGCAAAGCGUGAAGGUAAGUUGUACUCAUGAGUUUCACAAGGAGAGGGCUCGAAGGUGUCUGUUCGUGGAAGUAACCACAUGCUCAGUUUCGGACCGCUGGCACAUGCAGAGUGAAUUGUUUACUAGCUCGAUUUCAUAGUUGUAAACUACUUGCUCCCAUAUGCGAUAUUAAUGAUGAUGGUCGCGCGUCAAAUUCGACGACAGAUCAGGAUAUGAAAUUAUUUAUCUUCCCUCUCGCUCUCCAGGCUACACCGCUUUUACCGGGAAGGCACAGCGUUUAGCGUCCUCUUCGUCUUCAUCCGGCGCAUCUAGUCGGGCGGGAUCCAAUAUCGGAGUGCCUAACGUCCCCUGAUCACAUUGUUUGUGUGGCGUGCGCAGAUGAAGUAACUAACUACAGAAGAUCAAGCAGCUGGUAAAAACUGUAGCUGCAUAAUCUACCUCUCAUGAUUGGACAAAGUAACAAAUAUCUAACAGCUCCUCCGACUUCGCGCAAGCGGCUAAGUCGGGAAAACGCAAGAAAUUCGUCACAUGUGUACUGUAGAGGCUGCAAAUUGAAGCCAAAAACGCACAUGCCUGCUGCAAAUGCUUUCAAUUUUGGGCGGAAUUUGAAAGCUUUGCAGUACACAUGUGACAGAUACGCAUGAACUUCCUGGAUUUUCCCGACUUAGCCGUUUGCGCGAAGUCGGAGGAGCUGUUAGAUAUUUGUUACUUUGUCCAAUCAUACUACCUCUGCAUGAGAAACCGAUGCAUGGAUGGUAGUAUUUGUAUUUGAGAGGCUCCCGACACCCUGUAAUGCUAGACUUUUGUGAGGCAAAGCGAAAGCCAAUCAUCAAACCAUUCACCAGAAGCGAACUACAACAACUGAAAACAUCGCUUGAGAAUAAAAACAGUGGAGGGGAGUUGCGCAGUCGGAUAUCGAAGGAGCAAGUUGGGAGAGUGCCGCGCGAGGCUGCAAAGAACAGCGCUGAAGUGACCUACCACUGAGCUGGGCGGUCAAACGACCGAAUCGGGGAGUUGUUGACCGAGCACCCUCGGUGCGACCCUUAUGUUGCGCUAAUGUGGACCUAUCGGUCAAACAACAACACUACUCGGUAAGAAUUUAGCAAUUCAAGAAUGACAUGAUGAGAGCGAUGCAAGGAUAUCAAAAGUGGCGACAUUCUUCACGGAAUGACUACACUAAAACACGAACAUCAGGCCCCUGAUUAUCCUAGUGAUGCACCUCACCAUAAUCAAGUCUUGAACCAAGGCAAGAAACCAGUCGUGAUUUCUUUAUUACAGCACCGGGGUUCAGAGCUCGGGACCACAGCUAACGUAGUCGUUACCUCGUACUUUAAGGAUAUACUGCUUUCUGCUACCAGUACCACGACCGUAGUAGCACUGGUGGUGCUUACGCUUAGAUCCUGUAUUUAGUUUCAAGAAUUGUGGUUGAUAAAUUCCGCCUCCGGGGCGGGAUCGUGGGCUUUUUGUCGGGUCGAAGAUGAGGGAACAAAAAGAAUGCAGAGUAAAAAGGACAGAAAUAUUUGUCUUGUAUCAAUCAUAUUGUAGCACUAACACGAAGUAGACCCUGAUCGUGCUCGCUGCUUCCCAGGAGCAGGUCCCUGCCAUCGAUUUUGUAUUGCAAACCCCCAUGAGCAUGAACGACGACGAUUUCUUGGUGUAUCGAGCCAGUUGCGAAAAUGACGCAGUAUCUUUCCUUUCACGCAAAGAGAAGACCCACACCGGAAAGUCGUUCUGACUUGCAAAAU